ACGAGAGAGGGAGAGGGAGAGAGAGAGAGAGUGAGCAGAGCAGAGACACCACUCAUCUCCGGCCGCGGAGCUUGCUGCUAAGACCACCGCGCGCCAGCCCAGCUACGCGAGCCGCGCUCUGAAUCCGGCAGCAAUGGCGGUGGCUAGGGACGGCGGCGAGUCGCUGAUGCAGCGGUGCAAGCCGUACAUGGCGAUGGUGUCGCUGCAGUUCGGUUACGCCGGCAUGAACGUCAUCACCAAGGUGUCGCUCAACCACGGCAUGAGCCACUACGUGCUCGUCGUCUACCGCCACGCCUUCGCCACGCUCUCCAUCGCGCCCUUCGCGCUCGUGCUCGAGCGCAAGGUCCGGCCCAGGAUGACGCCAUGGGUCUUCCUCCAGAUCUUCGUCCUCGCGCUGCUCGGGCCGGUGAUCGACCAAAACUUCUACUACGCGGGGCUCAAGUUCACCUCGCCGACCUUCUCCUGCGCCAUGAGCAACAUGCUCCCCGCCAUGACCUUCAUCAUGGCCGUGCUCUUCAGGAUGGAGAAGGUGAACCUGAAGAAGGCGAGGUGCGUGGCCAAGGUUGUGGGCACGCUCGUGACGGUAGCCGGCGCCAUGCUCAUGACGCUCUACAAGGGCCGCGUCGUCGAGAUGGUCUGGACCAGGCACAUCCACCUCCACGGCCCGCAGCCGGGCGCCGCCGCCGCGGCCGCCGCCGACAAGGACUGGCUCACGGGCUCCAUCUUCCUCAUCAUCGCCACACUCGCAUGGGCCUCCCUCUUCGUCCUCCAGGCCGCGACGCUCAAGAGGUACGACGCGCCGCUGUCGCUGACCACCCUCAUCUGCUUCGUGGGUACCCUGCAGGCCAUCGUCGUCACCUUCGUCAUGGAGCGCGAGACCUCCGUCUGGAGGAUCGGCUUCGACAUGAACCUCCUCGCCGCCGCCUACGCUGGCAUAGUGACGUCUAGCAUUGCCUACUACGUGCAAGGGCUGGUGAUCCAGAGCCGGGGCCCGGUCUUCGCUUCGGCCUUCAGCCCGCUCAUGAUGAUCAUCGUCGCCAUCAUGGGCUCCUUCAUCCUCGCCGAGAACAUCUACCUCGGAGGGAUCCUGGGGUCCGUGCUGAUCGUCGCCGGCCUGUACUCGGUGCUGUGGGGGAAGCACAAGGAAAACCUGGAGAAGGAGGCUGAGGCCAUGGAGAUCCCCGUAGCGAUCAAGGGCGUCGACGGCAACGGGAGGAUCGUGGACAUCGUGGAGCUGGACGAGGUGCAGCUGGAGAAGGCCCAGGCCAACACCAAGGCGGCGGUCGCCGUCACGGUCUCCGUAGAGGAGGCCCGGGUGCAGGGGAAGGACGAGGCUUAAGAUACGAAAACCAAAAUGCGCCGAUCAAUCGAUUAGCACUUCUCGCGUCAUUUUACCCCUUUUAGCUGUUGCCUUUAUGAGUUCUCCCCCAUGGUGUUGUAGUGUGGGGUGAUCUGAUGGUGGUGGUAGUAUUGUAGUAGUGACUAGUGAAGUAGUCUCAAGAUGGAAGCUGAGGAGGAUGUCAUGAGGGAGAGUUUUGUAACCCCUCCUUCUAUAAGCAGAUGCUGCCAGUGAUAAAACAUUUCCUGCGUACAUGUCUUGUACUACCAUAUAAACCUUCAAUCCAUGAUGAAAUUCUCAGCA